AUGGAAUAUUACAAGAAUAGAACGAGACCUUCUAAAGCGUUUUCAAGUUUUUCCAUAAACUAUUUCAACCAGAACCUCGUGUCGCGUCCGGGAAAUUCUGAAAAAGUGCAGUGCGGUACAAGAACAGUUGACUUUAAUCCGAGGAGGGUGGGAAAAAUUGUUGGCGGAUCAGAAACACCUUAUGGGGCUUAUCCAUGGCAGGUGGAGAUCCAAAUGAUUGACCCCGACAGGUUGACAUUCGAGCACCACUGUGGUGGCGCCGUUAUCGCAGAGAGAAUAGUACUGUCUGCUGCUCAUUGUUUUGAUAAGCAACCGCUUCAGCUGGAUCAAUUCAGGAUAGUGGUUGGCGAGCACAGACUCAAAGUGCAGGAUAAGCACGAGCAUCGUUUUCUUGUGGAGAAGGUGAUCCUACACCCGGACUUCAGAAAGAAUGGUCCACACAGCAACGAUAUAGCCAUGAUCUUGGUAGCCCGAUCCGGCAACGGCGUGCAGUUCAACUCUCACGUCCGCCCUAUCUGCUUACCUGGUGCCAGUGCGGAGCCGGGCCGGUGGUGCUCUGUCAGCGGCUGGGGGCUUCAGGCAGAGAGUACAGAAACGUUUGCUCCGACUUUAAGAGCAGCCGAAGUACCGCUUAUGGAUUUGGAAACUUGUAGGAAGAACCAAGUGCUUGGUGGACGGCAGCAACCGAUUUUGGACUCUAUGAUAUGUGCAGGGAUUCUGUCAGGAGGAGUAGAUGCAUGUCGUGGAGACUCCGGUGGGCCACUCGCGUGCCAGGCGGAUGGGCGCUGGCAGUUACACGGCGUGGUUUCUUGGGGAUCAGGGUGCGCGAGGCGAGCACGUCCCGGAGUCUACACCCGCGUGGCUUCCUACACCAACUGGAUCAGACAAACAGCUGCUGGAUUAGGGCACAAAAUUGUCAUGUAUGUUUAA